AUGAACUUUAAAUCACUUGAAGUUGAUCAACAGUUUGAAAUUAAUGAAGCUUUUAGUUUGUUUAAAAAUGAUAACAAUGAAUGUAAUAAAGUAAAACAUGCAUUGAGAGCAUUAGGAUUAGAACCAGAUAAAAAGGAUAUCAGUGAUCUUAUUGCAACUACAACCAAAGAACAGAUCUCUAUAUCAGUAUCUAGCUUUAGAGAACUUGCUGCAAAAUUAAUUACAAAGAGAGACUCUAAUUCAUCGAUGGACUAUGCAUUCAAACUAUUCGAUAAAGACAACUCUGGAAAGAUCAGUUUCUCUGAUCUCAAAGCUAUUGCAACUACUUUGGGUGAGGAUGUUUCCGAUCAUCAUUUGGAGUUGAUGAUUCAGAUGGCCGAUUCUAAUGGUGAUGGUCUUGUUGAUAAAAAUGAAUUCAUAAGUUUGAUGACCACAAAAAAGAUGUUAUAA